AUGGGCGCUUCUCGUGUCCCGGCUCUCCGGGAGACUUGGAUGGUAUCGGAAAAUCCCGAGAUUGCCCUGAAAGACGCCGCCGAGGAUCACACCGAGCCUGGGGAAGAAACAGAGGCUACCACUGCAAUUGUCAUCGGAUGGAACGGAGAAUUGAGCUCAUUGCCGCAUAAUUUUUCAACAAUUGUUCUGCUCAAUUCUGGGUCAUCGCCGGCUCGCAUUCACAUGUCCUUCUCGCCCGCAUCCCUCACUGCAAACAGAGCCUGGGCACAUCUAGGCGCCUUGAAUCGCAUUUUGGAACAGAUUGUCCUGACACCGGAUCUGCCUCUUUCCAGAGUGGACUUUCUUGGCUCCGAUGGAGAGAAAAUCAUCAGGAAGUGGAACAAUCCUUUGUCGCUCUUGCGGCCAGCUGUUUGUAUUCACACGCUCAUCUGGGAGCAUUGUCAAAGCCAGCCUGAGGCUGAAGCCCUAUGUGCCUGGGAUGGGUCAAUUUCCUAUGCCGAGCUGGAUCAGUUGUCUCUCGGUCUCAGUCGUCUGUUGAACACCCGCGGAGUUUGUGCAGAAGCGACGGUGCCACUUCUAUUUGAAAAGUCCCGAUGGACAGUGAUCGCUAUUCUAGCUGUCCUGCGGGCAGGUGGCGCUUUUGUGCUCCUUGAUCCUUCCCAUCCAGUGUACCGCUUGGAAGAAAUUUGCAGCGAAGUGAAAGCAACUGUUGUCCUCACUUCUCAUUCAUUCCAUACACUGGGCAGGCAAAUACACCGGCAAUCAAUAGCAGUCCCAGCAACAGGGAUCACCGCGAAGGAAUCUGCUCUCAGGGAUGCCCCAGUCGUGAAGUCAUCGAAUGCUGCAUAUAUUGCUUUCACAUCUGGAUCGACGGGAAAACCGAAGGGGAUCGUGAUCGAACAUCGUUCUUUCUGUGCCAAUGCCCUAUCCCAGAAUGCAGCGCAGGAUCUGUGUCCGGGAGUUCGAGCAUUUCAGUUCGCGGCUCACGCGUUCGACAGCAGUAUUCUCGAGAUGCUCAUGACAUUGAUCGCAGGGGGUUGUGUCUGUAUACCGUCAGAUGAGCAACGCCUGAACGGGCUGUCGAAUGCAAUCAACUCUCUCCAGGCCAACUGGCUAGAGUUAACUCCAUCUGUUGCACGUCUUCUCGAUCCUGAUAAGAUACCGGGAGUCAAGUCGCUGCUCCUUGUCGGUGAGCCCAUGUCACCUAGCGAUGUAAGCAAGUGGGCCAACAGGGUCCAUCUGUUGAAUGCUUACGGACCCGCCGAAUGCAGUGUGGUAACCACCAUCCAAAACUGCGUGAAACCUGAGAGCCCGCAGAACAUUGGCCGUUCCUACAGCAGUCACUGUUGGGUCGUGAAUCCCGAGAAUCAUGAUCAGCUGGAGCCUUUGGGUGCGGUGGGUGAACUGAUAGUCAGCGGACCGAUCGUGGCACGCGGUUAUCUGAAUACCACACAUCAGACUUCAUUUAUGAGUCCGCCCCGUUGGGCGACCCGGUUCAGCAUCCAUGAAGAUGAACGGUUCUAUCGGACUGGGGAUUUGGUGCGGUAUGAUGCGGAUAAUGACACACUGCACUAUAUCGGGCGGAAAGACCGUGAGGUCAAAAUCCAUGGGCAACGAAUCGACCUGCAGGAAAUCGAGCAUCUUGCAAACCAGUACCAGCGUCAAGUAGCGGCUGUUGUGGAUGUCAUCAACCUCGGAGAGAACAGCACAAACAAGAUUUUAAUUAUGUUUAUGUCACGCUCUACUACAGGCAUAAGCCUGAGUUCCAAGGACCUUGAAUGUGAAGAAAUUCCUGAGGAUGCCGCCAUGCGUGCGCUGUCAAAAGACAUGAAAGUCUGGCUUCAAGGUCGUCUGCCGUCGUAUAUGAUCCCAACAAAAUACCUCUGGGUCAAUCAAUUCCCCUUGACCCGAACGGACAAGCUCGAUCGGCGAGCUUUGCUGAAUAUUGGAACAGCAUCCUUUACUCAAAAAUCAUCAGACGACCUAGACGAAAAGCAGUCGAACACGCAAUGCCACGGGGAUGGUGCCCAGGUAUCUGAUUUUUCAUCGAAGGAAAAUCUUCUUCGAACUGUAUUCGCUGAGGUAUUAGGACGUUCAGCAAAGCUCAUUAGCUCACAUGACAAAUUCUACGAGCUGGGAGGAAAUUCGUUGGCUGCAAUUGAGGUUGUCGGUCGGGCAGGCAGUCGAGGUCUAAAGGUGGCCGUAGCGGAGAUCAUCCGCUCCCAAACCCCCCAUCAGAUUGCCAGAGCAGCGGAAGAAACCACGGAGAUUCAAGGAAUACUUCCUUUCUCUCUGCUCGAGAGCAGCUACGCGGAAGAAGCUCUCUCCGUCGCGGCUGAUCAAUGUCAGGUCUCCGUCAAUGACAUUGAGGAUAUUUACCCAUGCACGCCUCUACAAGAAGGCUUUAUGUCAAUGGCCAGUAAGCGCCCGGGAGCCUUUAUUGGAACAUAUCGAUUCUCAAUUCCUCCUCCAACGAGUGUUGCUCGGUUGCGUGGGGCAUGGGAAAGGCUUUGGAUGGAGCAUCCAAUCCUCCGGACUCGGAUCGUCAAGAUGAAGAAUGAAACCCUCAUGCAGGUCGUUAUAACGGAGAAUCUGGUCUGCAGAGAUAGCAUUCACGCUCCUGCUGGCCAGGAAGAAAUGGGAAUUGGAAGCCGUCUAGCACGCAUUACUUUCGAUACGUCCAAGGCGCCAGUGGUAUUCAUUCUCACUAUUCAUCACGCGAUUUUUGACGGAUGGACAUAUCUGCAGCUGCUCGAGGAUUUGCAUACUUUGUACGAAGACCAAUCGCUAUCAUCUCGACCACCUUUCACGCAGUACAUCAAAUAUCUUUCACUCUCCGAGUCCAAUGAGACUAUCUCGUUCUGGGAAAAAGAACUUGAUGGUUACCAGUGUUCCAAAUUCCCAUCGUCAUCGCUUCGGCGGCCGUCGGCCUCCCCUCAGUGGCUUGCUACAAGCCACCUGGUGUCACUUACUGACGGUGAGGUCGACUGGAAGCUCGCAAAUCAGAUCAAGUUGGCAUGGGCUCUAGUCAUAUCUUCUGAGACGAGCUCCAAUGACAUCGUAUAUGGACUUACCACCAAUGGGCGAAGUGCACCGGUUCCGGGAAUUGAUCGCAUGGCAGGCCCGACAAUGACCACCUUCCCUUUUCGCACGCAGCUGAAACCUGAUCUCACAGUCCAACAGAUGCUAAUUGGACUCCAAGAACACGAUAUCUCUCUGAUGCCAUAUGAGCAUACAGGCUUAAAAGGCAUUGCAGAGUCUGGUCCAGAUUCUGCUUGGGCCUGUAGCUUUGGGAACCUCCUCACAAUUCGUCUCCAGUCAUUUCAGGCUUCAUCGUCGGCUUUUCUUGAAUUCCCUGAAAAUGAAGCGGAAGAUCUCAACUUCGCAUCUUACCCUCUUUCGAUCGUUGUGCAAAUGAAAGAUAGCGCACUGGAGCUCAAGGCAUUUUAUGAUAGUGAGAUUUUGAUUGCAAGCGUUGUCCAAAAACUUCUUGGCACCCUGGAUGAGUUUCUGCAGCAAAUAAUUCGUCGACCUGAGUCCACGAUUGGAAAUUUAAAGACCAUUGUCUCCCAACAAUGGCAGCAUGUGGCGCAGGUCAAUGCUGAAUAUCGUCUUCCAUCGCCCAAGUGCAUCCACGACGUGAUCCAGGGAUUGAGCGUCACCCAGCCGGAACGGGAAGCUGUAUGCGCAUGGGAUGGGUCGUUCACUUACGAGGAACUUGUCACUCUGGGACGUGUUCUCGCUGGCGAGCUUCAAACCUUGGGUAGCGGGCCGAAUUCGAUCGUUGGAAUCUGCCUUGAGCGCUCGAGAUUGUUCCCCGUCGCCAUUCUCGGUGUUUUGAUGUCAGGGGCAGCAAUCGUCCUAUUAGAGCCGGGUUUUCCUCAGCAGCGUCUGAAUGGGAUUCUGGAUGAUGUGGACGCUUGUGUUGUUGUCUGCUCCCCUGAGACCCAGAAGAAAUUUGUGGGCUUGCAGUCAGAGGUUUCUAGAACAAUCUUUCAGUUGGCAAUGGAUCCAAAGAAUUGGAAGAGAAGCGACCCCUGGACACCACCUUCUGUUGGCCCUCAUGACCCUAUAUAUGUUGCAUACACGUCUGGGUCGACCGGUACUCCGAAAGGAGUCGUGAUAGAACACGGAAUGGUCUUCUCAACAGUCCAUGCCCACAAAGACAUAAUUGGCGCCGAAGAUUCAUCUCGAUGCUUGCUCUUCGCCUCGCCUGCCUUUGAUAUCUGCCUGGCUGAAAUUUUCUUCAUGCUCACUACUGGUGGUUGCGUCUGCAUACCCUCGGAAACCCAGCGUACAAAUAAUCUGGCCGACACCAUGUCAGCCAUGCAGGUCAACAUGGCAAUGCUGACCCCUUCAGUGGCGCGGACUCUAUCACCAGACGAAUUGCCAUUUUUACGGACUCUUAUUCUUGGUGGUGAGGCGCCCUCGGCAUCCGAUCUGGCAACCUGGGCCCCGCGGGUCCGAUUGCAUCAGUCUUAUGGGCCAGCGGAAUGUACCAUGUAUUCGGCGACAACUCCUCCACUGGUCUGCAAUUCUGUGCUGAACAAUGUCGGGUCAUCUCCAAAUGCAAGCUACUGGAUUGUCAAUCCUGAUGACCAUCACGAGCUCAUGCCUAUGGGAUCAGCGGGAGAGUUGUUAAUUGGGGGUCCGCUUGUUGGACGAGGCUAUAUCAAACGACCCCUAGAAUCAGCAGCGGUGUUUAUCGAAAAUCCUGUCUGGGCUCGACAGAUUCCCAACAUUUUGGAAACAAAGCUAUAUAAAACUGGUGAUCUGGCUAUUCUGAACCCCGACAAAUCCCUCAUCUUGCUCGGCAGAAAAGACACACAAGUGAAACUUCAUGGCCAACGCAUCGAGCUACACGAAAUUGAGCGUUGUGCCGAAGGACUCAGGAAUGAUAUUGCAGUGAUCGUUGAGCUGGUGAAAAUUGAGAGUGUUCAGAGCUCUAGCCUCGUCGCUUUCAUCUAUGACCCAGCCACGGUCGAGAGAUCGCUGGGUCUGGCACCGUCUCAGCCUGAUUAUCAAGCACUUUUUAUUUCGCCAUCAAAAAGCAGUCGAAAGUUGUUCGUGAGCCUACGGCAACAUCUCCAAAAACGCCUUGCACCUUUCAUGGUCCCGGCAAUCAUGCUCGAACUACGUCGUCUACCGCUCAGUCCUACCGGUAAAAUCGACCGUAAGGCACUUCGGCAUGCAGCUUCGAUCCUUGAGGCGGAGAUCCUUCAGAUGUAUCGCGGUGGCAUCUCCGUUUCAAAGAAAACACCAAUGACUGCUCAGGAGCAACUUGUGCGUGCAAGUUUUGCCAUCGCGCUGGGACUGGAUGAGGAUACUCUCGGCCUCGAUGAUAAUUUUUUUACCCUGGGAGGUGACUCCCUCACUGCCAUGCGAGUUCUGACGCAGUGUAAAAGGGCCGGCAUAAGCAUCUCCAUGCAUGAAUUUCUCUCUCAUAGCACGGUCUCCGCCCUGUGUGCUUAUACCACUGCUGGUCAGCAGGUGACUCCUGAUUCUGAAUCCCCGAAGAAUGCGAUUCUGCCAGACCACAAGAAGAGCGAUGAAUCCAUACCCUCCGAAGACAUUGAAUAUGAUCGUGAAUUGAUCAAAGACCAACUGGGCUCUAUCAGUCCCAAUGACAUUGAAGCCAUAUACCCCUGCUCGGACGCCCAUAACGGAAUUUUAGAGCUUUACACGUCCAAGUACACCAGCACGGCAAUAUUCCAGGUCAUCACAAACGCUUCAGUGAGCGCGGUAAAGGUGAAGGAUGCUUGGAAUCAGCUCGUUGAGCGCCAUGAGACAUUGAGAACAAUUCUUGUCGACAAUCCCAAGAUCGAUGCAAAGAAACUUCACGUUGUCCUGCGUUUUUCCCCCGAGAAGCAGCCAAUCCCUACGCCUAGCAGCACAGCAGUAGCUGAUCUCCGAAGCAUAAAACCUGUACAGUCCUGGGAUCUUUGUCCUUCCCACCGAAUUUGGAUCAGGCAAGAUAAAUGCGGACAAGUGUAUAUGCGUUUAGAUACUGGAGGCGCCUUAGUUGACGCGCUCUCCAUAUCGAUUCUCAUCAGGGAGCUGUGUCUCAUCCUUGACGGACAGACUUUACAGCCUGUUGCUGUGCCAUAUAGCAAAUACCUGAAACAUUUACGGCAACAGAAGCCAUCAUUAACGAAGUCCUUGCAAUACUGGACACGAGUGCUCCAUGGAGCCCCCUCUUCUUAUCUCCCACGGUUGCGGGUGGAGGAGACAUCAGAAUCGUUAACUUGCCCCCAGCCCCGCGCGCGGAGCUGUCUUCUCUCUGCUGAUCAAUUUCACAAACUCAACGCAUUCUGGAAGACACACCAUUUUACGAUGACCAACGUUUGCCAAUUGGCAUGGGCUUUGACCCUCGACCACUAUACCUGCGCUUCCGACGUCUGCUUUGGCACGAUCACGACGGGCCGCGAUCAUCCUAGAAUCGAUGUUUGGGAGUCCGUAGGCUCCUUCUUCAACGUGCUGCCUUGCAGGCUUCUCCUCAAUGCCCAAGAAACAUGUUUAGAAGCUCUGUUCCGGAAUCAGACCGAAAUUCAAUUGCGAAAUGAACACCAGAACUGCUCGAUGCCUGACAUGGUUCGUCGAUCUCGAAAGCAGCAGGAGCAAAGUGUCGACCAGCAGACACUGUUCAACACCGUUUUGACCAUCCAGAACACCGUUUCCACCAAUCCAUGUGCAUUAAAGGCUCAAGGGCACACAACCCCUCCAGCUGCUAGCGAAACUCAAAUCAAGCUUCUUGAACUGAAAGAUCCCACAGAGUACGACUUUUGUGUGGCCGUGCACGCAGCACCUUCAGAGAUCGAGGUCGAGCUCCGCUACUGGACAUCCACGGCGUCAGACCAGUAUGCCUCUGAAAUCUUGGCCCGCAUGAUACGGAAUCUCGAUAUGAUUGUACAGGAUGCAACAAAGCCACUGGCGAUUUUCUCGAUCGGUCAGGUUUGA